CCACACUUGAAGCUCCACCUUGUCAAUGAAGGUAGCAGCUGCACUCGUUGCUGCCAUCGUGGCAGUCUUGGGCGUCGCAACAGCUGCAGCAUAUCCUGACGAACCAUCUCAGAGUUCGUAUGGCGUAGUGUACGAUCCGCGGGACAAGCUUGGCGUGUGCAAACACGAGGCGGUGCUUCGUCGGGAGGUCGACGUCAUCGGUUUAGUGCGACUGAACUCGAUGGCGAGUGGCUGCGUCCCACAGCUCCUCCAUGCUAUCGCUGACGAUAGCACGUCUCGUGUCUGGCUUGGUUUGAAGGAAACGAGCGCCGUCGAGGAGCUCGAGUUCGCCGCGCUGCAAGCGGUGGCGCCCCACCUCAUGGUGUCCGUGGCUGGGAUCCAUGUGUCCAACGAAGGAUUGCUUGAUCAUGGUCAGUCGUGGCACGACUUGGCUGCGUACGUCGGCCGUGUACGGGCAUAUGUUGGCACCUACCUCCCUCAUGUCCCAGUGGUGGUGUCAGAUGCAGUUACGCACUCUAGCCGCCGCGUAAAUCAUGGCGCCACCAACGCCACCAACAGCUCCGCGACGGACGACGUGACCACCCCCACGACGACUGCAGCGGAGCAGCCCUCGUCGGAAUCGUCAGCCGCCGACGACUUCGAAACCGACGACGGCGUUGCCACCGACCCCACGACGCCAGCCCCCACGUCAUAUUACGGAGCCGGAUGCCCCGAGACUGAAAUCAAGCGCGGCGACUCGUCCCGCGCCAUCUUGACCCGGAUGUGCCCCGGCUACAAGGGCCCGUGCGUUUCCACGGGGGCGCCCACGAUGUGGACUACGCUCGACAACAGACAAUGCCCUAAGUUGCUACGCAUUGGGGACUCUGUUCGUGUGUGCUGUACCAUCCCCCUUUACUAGACAACCAAUCAUAAACAUUCAAACAACAUACGACAAAUCCAUGGACCGAC